UGGGAAAACCGGAGUUCGCCGUGUGGGACUAGUUCUCUGUUCCUUAGACUUGGACUGCGCAUCUCUAGCACCAUACUCCCUCUCUGGGUGUAUUCUGCUUCAUUCCCGGACUUUGGCUAUUGUUUCUGAAAGCCGUGUACCGCCGCAGGAUGCCCCGGUUGGGACUCUUGCCCCGGAGGGCUUUCGCGGCGCUGCUCAGCCAGCUCCUACGACCUCCCCGCACUGCGUGCGUUCGGGCGCUCGGUGGCCAUAGCCAGAUUGCGGAGGCAAUGGUAACAUCCCAACUGAAACCACAUCAAGAGAAACCAAGUUUCAUCAUCAAGACCCCAAGGGGCACCAGGGAUCUUAGUCCCCAGGAGAUGGUUGUGAGGGAGAAAAUUCUUGAUAUGGUUAUCAGUUGCUUUAAACGUCAUGGAGCAAAGGGAUUGGAUACACCAGCAUUUGAGCUAAAAGAAGUGCUCAUGGAGAAGUAUAAUGAGCAGUCUGGGCUCAUCUAUGAUCUGGAGGAUCAAGGUGGAGAGCUGUUGUCCCUUCGUUAUGACCUUACUGUCCCCUUUGCUCGUUAUCUGGCUAUGAAUAAACUGAAGAAGAUGAAACGCUACCAAGUUGGAAAGGUGUGGCGAAGGGAGAGUCCAACUAUGGUCCAAGGCCGCUAUCGGGAGUUCUACCAGUGUGAUUUUGAUAUUGCUGGUCAGUUUGACCCUAUGAUCCCAGAUGCAGAAUGUUUGAAGAUCAUGUGUGAAAUCCUAAGUGGGUUGCAGCUGGGAGACUUUCUCAUUAAGGUCAAUGACCGGCGGAUUGUAGAUGGGGUCUUUGCUGUCUGUGGUGUUCCUGAAAGCAAGUUCCAUACUAUCUGUGCCUCGAUGGACAAACUAGACAAGAUAUCUUGGAAAGGUGUGAGACAUGAAAUGGUGGCACAGAAAGGCCUGGCUCCUGAGGUAGCUGAUCGAAUUGGGGACUACGUCCAACAUCAUGGUGGUGUAUCUUUGGUAGAGCAGAUGCUCCAGGAUCCCAGACUAUCCCAGAACAAGCAGGCCUUGGAGGGGUUAGAGUCCCUGAAGCUUCUUUUUGAAUACUUGACUUUAUUUGGAAUCACUGAGAAGAUCUCCUUUGACUUGAGUCUUGCUCGAGGCCUGGACUACUAUACAGGAGUGAUCUAUGAAGCAGUUUUGCUACAAACCCCAGCUCAGGUUGGAGAAGAGCCCUUUAAUGUGGGCAGUGUGGCUGCUGGCGGGCGCUAUGACGAGCUGGUGGCCACAUUUGACCCUAAGGGCCAUAAGGUGCCAUGUGUGGGACUGAGCAUUGGAGUAGAGCGAAUCUUCCACAUUGUGGAACAGAGGAUAAAGACUUCUGGUGAGAAAGUACGGACCACAGAGACCCAGGUGUUUGUGGCCACACCCCAAAAGAACUUCCUCCGACAACGGUUAAAGCUAAUUGCAGAGCUUUGGGAUGCUGGGAUCAAGGCAGAGAUGCUAUAUAAGAAUAAUCCCAAACUACUAACCCAACUGCACUACUGUGAGAACACAGGCAUUCCCUGGGUGGUCAUCAUUGGUGAGCAAGAACAGAAGGAAGGGGUCAUCAAGCUCCGGUCAGUGGCCACCAGAGAGGAGGAGGCCAUAAAACGGGAACAUCUUGUGGCUGAAAUUCAGAAGCGACUGUCCCAGUCUUGAUCCUUGCCUGAUUGCCAUCUGGUGCUCUUGGUACAAAAGCUUUCAUCUAACACUGAGUUCCUGAUACACUUCACAACAGCUGGCCAGUAUGGGUGACAAGGGCCUUCAGCCUCCUCGUUCCUUAAAUACAGAAGGAUGUGGGGACUCCUGGACUACUGUAAACAGCUACUCUGCAUGGGGCAGAUAGCAGCAUGUGAAAGAGACAUGCUGUAGCUGAAGGGGCAGAUUUGAAGUGCCACCGACACUACCUAGAGGUGCUAAGAUUGUUGCUGUGAGCAGGGCUCUGGAAGUCCUCUAAGUUGAAGAUACUGAACCACUGAGAUCAGAAGCCAGAUAGCUUUCCACUUAGCUUUAGACCCGGAUUCUGGGAAAUUUGUCUACAUUCAUCCUUUGGCUUAUCCAAGGAGUUUUGGGAAUACAGCAAAGAUGGAUAGUGACAACUUGCUGCUUCGAGGACAGAAAUACUGUAUAAUCCUAGGGGUAUGGCAGUGCCUAUAUUAAUUUGGUAUCUUUUUAGCCUAUCCAUUGUGAACGGUAGCAGGGCAGGGCUGCUGUGUAACAAUCUGGAACACUGAACUUAAUAAAUGGUUUGGCAGGGUGGAGACCUGGGAUUUUGAAGAUCAUUUCCUGUUCUAGAAUUACUGUUCUGACUUUCCAUACCUUGCCAUAAAGGCUGUUCUUGAAGUGGUUGGAUAAUAUGUUAAAUAAAAUGUUAAGUAUA